UGUGCGCCUACUUCCGGUUCCGGUCUGAUUCUAGCGGUUGAAACGUUUCGGUUUUACUCGGAUCUUACCCGGUUUUAAAGAUGGGGGAGGCCGACGUGACCCUCAGUCAGACCGAGGAGAAGCCUCACGCGGCUCUGGUUCCCGGGGAGGACUCGGUGGUCUGGAGCCACGAGGUGGAGGUCUGUCUUUUCCACGCGAUGAUCGGACACAAGUUUGCAGGAGUGAACCGACACUUCCACAUGAUCUGCAUCCGGGAUAAAUUCAGCCAGAACAUCGGGAGGCAGGUUUCUUCCUCUGUUAUCUGGGACCAUCUGGGGACCAUGUAUGACAUGCAGGCUCUGCACGAGUCGGAGAUCCUGCCGUUUCCGAACACGGAGAAGAGUUUCUCGCUGCCGGAGGAGAUCAUCCAGGAGGUGAAAGGAGGGAAGCUGGGCUCAGAGGAGGAGAUCAAGGAGGAGUUCAGGAUGGAGAGAGAACCUCCUGCUACACAUGAAGAAGGAAGUAACUCAUCUGUGAAGAUGUCGGAGCGAAUGAGCAGCAGUCGGGAAAAAGAGAAGGAGCGCGACAAGGAGAAGGGCGGAGGAGAAGGAGGAGCAUCAGCAGCAGGAGGAGCGAAGGAGGCGGAGAAGAGGAAGAGGAGCCGAGCCACAGAGAAACUGCUGUCGUCUUCCAACCCGGCGAGUCCGGGAGGCGCCAAGAGGAGGCGCACCUGAGAGCUGGACUCUGAUUGGCUGCCUUACGCUGACCUCUCCUCUCAGCAGGAAGUGACACGUUUGGACCCCCAGUUCAUUUUUUGUAGCUUUUUGUUUUCCAUGUUCAUUUUUCCCAUGAUGCCGAGCAGAACUCUGGACCGAACGCGGCUCUGCUGGAAGAACCGCUGCAGUUCUGCUGCAGUUCUGCUCCAGACUCCGGUCGGCCCGGUUCUGGAGAACUCAGCCGCUCCAUCCUCCAGGCUGCUGGGAUCGCUGUUGAGUCGGACCUUUGGGAAUGUUUCUCCUUCUGAAAUCUGCUGCAAACAAGCAGAAAAACACAUUUAUGAUUCUUUAUUCUUUCAUAUUUUUAGCUGAUGUUUAGUUUCAGUUUCAUGCAACAUGGAUAUUUUUUAAAUGUUUUUGGUUUUUAUUUUUAUUGAAAUAUUUAUUUAUGAUGACACGACUGUUGGUGACAUUAAAGAUGAACUCCUCAGUGUUGUGGCACUUUUUUUUUUUUGCUUGUUUGAUACCAGAUAUCUCGGGUCAAAGAUUUCCUGCAGCAGUCGGACCAAACAGAACAGAAAACAUCUUUAAUGUCCCACAGCAACGUGUAUUCAUGUUCCUUCCUUCCUUCCUUGUUUCCUUCCUUCCUUCCUUCCUUCCUUCCUUCCUUCCUUCCUUCAUUCCUUCCUUCUUUCCUUCCUUCUUUCCUUCCUUCCUUCCUCACCAUAACUAUUUGAAGACUUACAAUAUUUAAAUUCCCAUUGGGAUUAAAAAAGUGGUUUUGAAUUAAAACUAAAUUUGAAAGGAACCAGUGAGAAUAGUAAUUCAACUUUAGUGAAGUUUCACAAAUCAUGUAGAUUUGGAGUUAGAGCAGAUCUAUGACCAAGAUUUUAAAAAGUGGUCAAAUCAACAUUUAUGGAAGUUUCAUCAAUCAAAUAAAAGUUUCAUAAAUCCCAAACAUGGUUCUAAAUAUUCUGCUAUUAGAGCAGAAUAAUCCAGUCCAGGUUUGAAGAGUUCAGGUGUUUUAGGCUUUAAACUGGAGUCGAUUAAAGAUGCGGAAAGUCGUGUAAAAUUAGGUGGAAUCGCCCUUUAGCCGUUUCCCGUACCGGAACCACCUUCAGCUCCGCUUCCGCUCUCUUGUUAAUAAACGCGGCGCCGUCAUCUUGAAACGGCUGAAGGCGGGAGUGUUCCGGAGUGACCCGAAGAGACCCA